CUUCCGCCAAAUUCGCCAUACCGAAACAAUCGGGUCGCAAGUGUCCUAACACCGCUGUUCUGGUCAAGAAGGCCAAAUAGCGAUAAGCGUCAUGUUACGUUUGCCGACAGUCGGGCGAGCUUUGGCCAGUGCAGCCAAGGGCAGCCUUGCCCCUUCAAACAAUGUGCGUACCUCCGUGCGUGCCGCCAGUAACAUGGUGGAGGUGUUCGUGGAUGGGAAACCUGUGGAAGUGGAGCCUGGAACCACUGUACUGCAGGCCUGUGAGAAGGUGGGAGUCCAGAUCCCCAGGUUCUGUUAUCACGAACGUCUCUCUGUUGCUGGGAACUGCAGAAUGUGCCUGGUGGAGAUUGAAAAAGCACCAAAGCCCGUAGCAGCCUGUGCCAUGCCAGUCAUGAAAGGCUGGAACAUCCUUACCAAUUCAGAGAAGACACGCAAAGCCAGAGAGGGAGUGAUGGAGUUCCUGCUCGCCAAUCACCCACUGGACUGUCCCAUCUGUGACCAGGGUGGAGAGUGUGACCUACAGGACCAGUCCAUGCAGUUUGGCUCAGACCGCAGUCGCUUUUCAGAGGGCAAACGAGCAGUGGAGGACAAAAACAUCGGCCCUCUCAUCAAAACCAUCAUGACCCGCUGCAUCCAGUGCACCCGCUGCGUUCGUUUCGCCAGUGAGAUAGCUGGCGUUGAAGAUCUGGGAACAACAGGGAGGGGAAAUGAAAUGCAGAUCGGGACGUAUGUGGAGAGGAUGUUCAUGUCCGAGCUGUCUGGCAACGUCAUUGAUGUCUGUCCCGUCGGAGCCCUCACCUCUAAACCGUAUGCUUUCACCGCACGACCAUGGGAGACGAGGAAGACAGAGUCGAUAGACGUGCUGGAUGCUGUGGGAAGUAACAUUGUGGUGAGCACCAGAGGAGGGGAGGUGAUGAGGGUGAUGCCCAGACUCAAUGAAGAGGUCAAUGAAGAGUGGAUCUCUGACAAGACCAGGUUUGCUUAUGAUGGUCUGAAGAGGCAGCGGUUGACCCAACCACUGGUAAAGAAUGCCUCUGGUCAGCUGACUCCUACCAACUGGGAGGAUGCCCUCACACGUGUGGCCGGGGCACUGCAGGGGGUGCAGGGCAACGAGGUAGCUGCUAUAGCAGGAGGGAUGGUGGACGCUGAAGCUCUAGUCUCCCUUAAAGACCUACUCAAUAGACUCAACUCAGAAAACCUCUGCACUGAGGAGCUGUUCCCUAUGGCUGGAGCAGGCGCUGACCUGCGCUCCAACUACUUGCUGAACUCCCGCAUUUCAGGCAUUGAAGACUGUGACCUGCUGCUGCUUAUUGGAACCAAUCCCCGCUACGAGGCUCCGCUCUUCAACGCCCGCAUCCGCAAGAGUUGGCUCCACAAUGAAUUAAAAGUAGCCCUGGUGGGUCGCCAAGUGAACCUGAGUUACACAUAUGACCACUUAGGAGAGGAAGCCUCAAUACUGCAGGAGCUGGCUAACGGUACACACCCCUUCUGUCAGGUCCUCUCAUCAGCUAAGCGUCCGGUUGUGGUGGUGGGCAGCAGUGCUCUGCAGAGGGAGGAUGGGACGGCCAUUUUGAGUGCCGUCUCCACCAUCGCUCAGAAUGCCAGGACCAGUAGUGGAGUUGAGGAAGGCUGGAAGGUUCUCAAUGUCCUGCACAGGGUGGCCAAUCAGGUUGCAGCAUUGGACUUGGGCUACAAGGCUGGAGUGGAGGCUAUCAGGAAGAACCCACCCAAAGUUCUCUUCUUGCUCGGAGCUGAUGCAGAAUGCAUCACCAGAGCCGACCUGCCCAAAGACAGCUUGAUCAUCUAUCAGGGUCACCAUGGUGAUGCCGGUGCACCCAUGGCAGACAUCGUCCUGCCGGGCGCCGCGUAUACAGAGAAAAAUGCCACAUAUGUCAACACAGAGGGCAGGAGCCAACAGACCCGUGUGGCCGUCACUCCUCCUGGGAUGGCCAGGGAUGACUGGAAGAUCCUGAGGGCUAUAUCCGAGCUGGCUGGUGUGUCUCUGCCCUAUGACACUCUGGAUGAGGUACGGGCGAGAUUAGCAGAGGUUUCUCCUAACCUGGUACGCUACGAUGACGUAGAAGAAGCUAACUACUUCAAGCAGGCCAACGAACUCGCACAGGCAGUGAAUCAGACUCUCCUAGCUGCUCCCCUAGUACCUCCUCAAAUCACAGGAAAGGAUUUCUACAUGACAGACCCCAUCAGCAGGGCCUCUCAGACUAUGGCCAAAUGUGUGAAGGCCCUCACCGAGGGAGCGGACGCUGUCGAUGAGCCGUCUAUUUGUUGAAACACGGGUGUGUGUGUUUGAAAGGAGUCCACACACACACGAUG